AUGUCGGUCACAAACACCAUUCGCAACCCCAUCCUCCCGGGCUUCAACCCUGACCCGUCCAUCUGCCAUGUGCCCGGCGUGGGCUACUUUGUCGCGACCAGCACGUUCGAGUACUUUCCCGCGUUGCCAGUGUACCACAGCACCGACCUCGUCGAGUGGAAGUUGAUCGGACAUGCCCUCAACCGCCGCUCUCAAGGCGUGGAUAUGCAGACGGUCGAGACGAGCGCGGGCAUGUGGGCGCCCACGUUCAGGUAUCACAAGGGCAGGUGGUACAUGAUCUGCUCGUGCUUCUGGCGCUUCCGCAUGCAGGAUAAUGGCGUGGGCGACUUUAUCCCUUCUGGCUUUUACGUUUCUACAGACGACAUCUUUGACGACUCGAAGUGGAGCGAGGCCGUCUACUUUGAGGAGAUUGGGUUUGACCAGGAUCUCUUCUUUGACGACGACGACCGCGUCUACCAGACUGUCACCCGCUUUGACUGGGGUGCCGGACUGAACGAGCACGGCCACCCCAAGAUCGAGUCGUUCAUCAACGAAAUCGACCUCGCAACGGGAACCUCUCUCUCCGAGCCCGUCCUCGUCAGCGCCUCGCCCUCGGGAGUCGCCGAGGGGUGUCACUUGCUCAAGCGCGAUGGGUGGUACUAUCUCUUUGUCGCCGAGGGCGGCACCGCCGACGGACACAGCGAGUGCGUGUACCGCUCCCGCUCGCCUACGGGUCCCUUCGACUCGCCGCCCGAGGGCAUCAACCCGGUCGUGUUCAACGACAAGGACCCCUACAUCCAGAACACGGGACACAUGGACCUCGUGCCGAUUGACGGCAAGGACGAUGGCCGCUGGGUCGCCGUCUUCCUCGGCGUCAGGCCCGUGUUCAAGGCCGAGAUGACCAAGGAGGGCGGCACGGGCAUGCCCUCCCACCUCGGGCGCGAGAGCUACAUGGCCCCCGUCGAGUGGGCCAAGGACGGCUGGCCGGUGCUGAACGGCGGCAAGCCCGUCGAGAUUAUCCAAAAGUUUGAGGGCCUCAGCCUGCGGCCAGAGGCCAAGGGCUGGGAGGAGACCUUUGAGAACGGCAAGCUCAGCCUCGGAUGGUACACUGUCCGCUGCCCGCUCCGCCAGUUCUGGGACCUCGCCGAGCGUCCUGGCUCUAUCGGUCUCCGUGGCCAGCCGACCACCCUGGAGGUCGAGCACGUCCCCGCCAUGCUCCUGCGCAAGCAGACCGAGUUCAACCUGGACUGGAGCACCGUCAUGGAGUUUGCACCGCACCGCCCCGCUCAGGAGGCCGGUACCGUCGUGUGGAUGACCCGCACGGAGCAUGCCGUUCUUGGACUGAGGGGCACCGCCGACGGCGGCGCCGAGGUCGUGUUCAAGAAGCCUGUCGACGGCAAGUUUGAGACCACGACGUUCCCGUUCACCGCCGAGCCCAACACGCCCAUCACCUUCUCUGUGCGCGCGCGUACCAAGAGCUACGAGUUUGCCUACCAGAUCGGUUCUGGCGCCGAGGUCGUCGCGGGCAGCAUGGCUACCAAUGCCCUCAAGCCGCUGUUCACCGGCGCCCAUCUGGGCGUGUAUGCCCAGGGAGCCAAGCAGGUGCCGUGUCUCAAGCCGGCGUACUUCAAGCACAUCAAGUGGGAGCGUGUGGAGGCUUAG